AUGAAUCUACAUAAUAAAAUGGUGAGGAAGGCCUCCAGACUAAGGGCUUUGGGAACUCAAGAGCACCCCCCUCUCCCCUCCUUCACCCAGACGCAGCCCAACUGGACUGAGAUUGUGAACAAAAAGCUCAAGUUCCCACCCACGCUGCUGGGGGCCAUCCAGGAGGGGCAGCUGGGUCUCGUGCAGCAGCUGCUGGAGUCAGGCAGCGACGCCCCCUCGGGGGCUGGGCCCCUGCGGAAUGUGGAAGAGUCUGAGGACCGCUCCUGGAGGGAAGCCCUCAACCUGGCCAUCCGGCUGGGCCAUGAGGCCAUCACUGACGUGCUGCUGGCCAACAUCAAGUUUGACUUCCGGCAGAUCCACGAAGCCCUGCUGGUGGCCGUGGACACGAACCAACCAGCGGUGGUGCGUCGCCUGCUGGCUCGGCUGGAUCGGGAGAAGGGUCGAAAAGUAGACACCAAGUCUUUCUCGCUAGCUUUCUUUGACUCAUCAAUUGAUGGCUCCCGCUUUGCCCCUGGGGUCACUCCACUCACACUAGCCUGCCAGAAGGACCUGUAUGAGAUUGCCCAGUUGCUCAUGGACCAGGGCCACACUAUUGCCCGGCCCCACCCAGUUUCCUGUGCCUGCCUUGAGUGCAGCAAUGCCCGCCGAUAUGACCUGCUGAAAUUCUCAUUAUCCCGAAUCAACACCUACCGCGGCAUCGCAAGCCGGGCCCACCUCUCACUGGCCAGCGAGGAUGCCAUGCUGGCUGCCUUUCAGCUCAGCCGGGAGCUCAGGCGCCUUGCACGAAAGGAGCCCGAGUUUAAGCCUCAGUACAUUGCCCUGGAGUCGCUCUGCCAGGACUAUGGCUUUGAACUGCUGGGCAUGUGCCGGAACCAGAGUGAGGUCACCGCCGUGCUCAAUGACAUGGGUGAGGACAGUGAGACCGAGCCUGAGGCUGAGGGCCUGGGCCAGGCCUUUGAGGAGGGCAUCCCCAACCUGGCAAGACUGCGGCUGGCUGUCAACUACAACCAGAAACAGUUCGUGGCACACCCCAUCUGCCAGCAAGUCCUGUCUUCCAUCUGGUGUGGGAACCUGGCUGGCUGGCGUGGAAGCACCACCAUCUGGAAGCUCUUCGUCGCCUUUCUGAUCUUCCUCACCAUGCCCUUCCUCUGCAUCGGCUACUGGCUGGCGCCCAAGUCCCGGCUGGGCCGCCUGCUGAAGAUCCCAGUGUUGAAGUUCCUGCUGCACUCGGCCUCCUAUCUGUGGUUCCUUAUCUUCUUGCUGGGAGAGUCCCUGGCCAUGGAGACUCAGUUGAGCACCUUCAAAGGCCGCAGCCAGAGUGUCUGGGAGACUUCACUACACAUGAUUUGGGUCACGGGCUUCCUGUGGUUUGAGUGUAAGGAGGUGUGGAUCGAGGGCUUGCGCAGCUAUCUCCUGGACUGGUGGAACUUCCUGGACGUGGUCAUCCUCUCUCUGUACUUGGCAUCCUUUGCCCUGCGCCUCCUCCUGGCUGGGCUUGCCUACAUGCACUGCCGGGAAGCCUCAGACAGCACCACCUGCCGCUAUUUCACCACUGCUGAGCGGAGUGAGUGGCGCACAGAGGACCCCCAGUUCUUGGCUGAGGUGCUCUUUGCUGUCACCAGCAUGCUGAGCUUCACCCGGCUGGCAUACAUCCUGCCAGCUCACGAGUCACUGGGCACGCUGCAGAUUUCCAUUGGCAGGAUGAUCGACGACAUGAUCCGGUUCAUGUUCAUCCUCAUGAUCAUCCUGACUGCCUUCCUCUGUGGCCUCAACAACAUCUAUGUGCCAUACCAGGAGACUGAGCAGCUGGGCAAUUUCAACGAAACGUUCCAGUUUCUCUUCUGGACCAUGUUCGGCAUGGAAGAGCACAAAGUGGUGGACAUGCCUCAGUUCCUGGUGCCCGAGUUCGUGGGCCGGGCCCUGUACGGCAUUUUCACCAUCGUGAUGGUCAUUGUGCUGCUCAACAUGCUCAUUGCCAUGAUCACCAACUCCUUCCAGAAAAUUGAGGACGAUGCUGAUGUGGAGUGGAAGUUCGCUCGCUCCAAGCUCUACCUGUCCUACUUCCGAGAAGGCUUGACGCUGCCUGUACCCUUCAACAUCCUGCCCUCCCCGAAGGCUGCCUUCUACCUUGUCAGGAGAAUCUUCUGGUUCGUUUGCUGUUGUUCCUCCUGCUGCAAAGCCAAGAAGUCGGACUACCCCCCCAUCCCAACCUUUACCAACCCUGGGGCAAGGGCAGGGCCUGGGGAAGGAGAACGUGGAUCCUACCGCCUUCGGGUUAUCAAGGCUCUGGUGCAGCGCUACAUAGAGACUGCCCGGCGCGAGUUUGAGGAGGCCCGGAGGAAAGACCUGGGCACCAGACUGACAGAGCUGACCAAGACCGUGUCUCGACUGCAAAGCGAGGUGGCCAGCGUGCAGAAGACUCUGGCGGCAGGCGGGACACCUCGGCCCCCCGAUGGCGCUAGCAUCCUCAGUCGUUACAUCACCCGAGUGCGCAACAGUUUCCAGAAUCUGGGCCCUCCCACCCCUGAGACCCCAGCAGAGCUGACCAUGCCAGGGAUUGUGGAGACCGAGGUCUCUUUAGGAGCUGGCCUCGAUGUCAUAGGAGAGGCUGAGACUCCAGUGUCUGGAGAGCCUGGCCACUCCUCCCCUGCUCAUGUGCUGGUGCACAGGGAGCAAGAAGCAGAGGGGCCAGGGGACCUGCCCCUGGAGGAAGGCCUGGAGAGCAAGUGUGAGUCCUAACACAACAGGAGGGUCUCCUCUGUCACUGAGUGCAGCAGCCUUCCUGGAUAGAGCAAGGGUCUCAUAAGUAGAAGAUCAUGGUGUUUCUUUGCCUCAGUAAAAUUUCAGCUGUGGAAGUCAGGUAGCAAUCCCCACUUCUUGAUGUCCUAAGAUCCCUUCUUUGACUUCCCUCUAAAAUGAACCCCAUGUGAGAAGGGCAGAAACAGCUUGCUUUGGGAUCUAGGGUUUAGAAUCCUACUUUGGGGUUUCUUAGGUCUUUAGUGGAAAGAGUUCUGGGCUGAGAGUGUGGAGGCCUGAAAGUGAGGGGGCCUGGGUUGGAGAGGCCUGGGAGGCCUGGAGGUGGUGCCCUUCCUUGGCCCUGGAUUUCUCAUAGACCAACAGGACUGGGAGUCCAUCUAUUCUGCCUUAAAGGCAGCCAUGAGGCCCCUCUGGCUGUUCAAAAGCUCCAGGUGCAGAGGUUAAAGUGUUUGACCAAGAGGAUCAGGAAGUUAGUUUUCAAUCCCCGACUUUCAAGCUUGCCAAGGACAAAUGACCUCGUGAAAUAAACCAGUCAUAAAAGCCCAUGUCACUAU